AUGCCGCCAAAGCGCAUGACCGCGAACCCCGUCAAGCCGGCGCGCUACCGUGCUGGCAAGGCCACCGCCGCCGAAUCAGACUCCGACUCCGACGCCAGCGACGCCGAAGCGCCCGCCGCGCCUACCAUCGCUCCCCCACCGAAAGCCGCCAGCGCGGGAAAGAUUUCGAGCAAUCUAGGAAAAGUCGACCUGAAUGCCCGGAGAAAAGAGGCGGCGGCCGCUGAGGAGCGUCGGAUCGCGCAGGAGAAGGCAGAGCGGCUGGCCGCCGAGGAGGGAUUCGUGACGGAAGAGGAGGAGGAAGAGGAGAGCGCCGAAGAAGACGAGGACGACUCAGAAGAGAGCGACUCGGAAGAGGAGAGCAGCGAAGAAGAAGCCCCGCGGAGGUUAAUGAUCCGGCCCAAGUUUGUGCCAAAGAGCCAAAGAGGGAAUGCAAAGGACCCUGCGCAAGAGGAGGAGGAAGCUCGACAAGCCGAAGAAGAAGCUCGCAAGAAAGCUGCCGACGAGCUCGUCGAGGAGCAGAUCAAGAAGGAUCUCGCCGCGCGCGCAGUUGGAAAGAAGCACUGGGACGACGAGGAGAAUGAGGAGUCGGACGUGGACACAACAGAUGGGAUCGACCCAGAGGCCGAGGAGGCAGCCUGGCGCGUCCGCGAGCUCAAGCGUCUGAAGAGAGCUCGCACUGCCAUUGAGGAAGCCGAGGCCGAGCUCGCCGAGGUUGAGCGCCGGCGCAACCUGACUGAGGAGGAGCGACAGGCCGAGGACGAAGAAUUCCUCGCCAAGCAGCAGGACGAGAAGGACGCCAAGGGCAAGAUGGGUUUCAUGCAGCGCUACUUCCACAAGGGUGCCUUCUACCAGGAAGAGUCUAAGGCCGCAGGUCUCGACAAGCGUGACAUCAUGGGCACCCGCAUCGCCGACGACGUGCGGAACCGCGAGGCUCUGCCCGAGUACCUGCAGCGCCGCGACAUGGCCAAGCUCGGUCGCAAGGGCGGCACCAAGUACAGAGACAUGCGCAGCGAAGACACGGGACGAUGGGGCGACAACAAUGAUCGGCCGAGAAAGGGCGGGCGCUUCGACGGCGACGAGAGAUUUCAACCCGACGACGACCGCUUUAAGCCCGACGAACGGGGAGCCAAGGGCGCGAAUGCGAUUCCAUUGGGCGAUCGGCACGACGACCGCAGGAGGGACGACCGACGAGAUAGAGAUAGGGGGGAUCGACGCGACAGCUACCGCAGAGAUGACGAUGAUGGCAACCGCCGGCGGAAAUCACACUCACGAUCGCGCUCACCACGGCGUGAUAGCGAUAGGGACGACAACCGAAGUCGUCGCAAGCGCAGCACGUCACGCGGAGGCGACCGCUACGACGGCGACAAGAGACGCAAAGUAGACGCCUGA